UGCGACUGUUUCUUUUAUAUCUGACGGUGUAUUGAAACUACAGCAACCGCCUGUUCAGACAGCAGCAGCUGUGUAAAGACCUGAGGGGGAAAUUUACGCGCACUUCCGCUUUAAAGGCGAAGCAGCGUCCUGCACGAGAGAAUCGCUGUUCACACACCGAGCCGUCAUCAGAUCAGAUCCGCCUUCAGUCCCGACGCCAGGCGGCUGGAUCUGCCGCUCCUCGCGCGCCGCUGGAGGAAAACACGCAGUCUGUGCUUCUUUUUGGAGGGAUUUUCUUUUAACAUUUUCACAGGAACUUUACGCAGGAAAACCACCGGGUUACACCUGCGUGCGUGCUCUGGUGGCUGACUCUAAACCCACUUUGUAUUCUCUCCUAGACCCCACUUGUUGACGGGGCGCCGAGAGGCUCUCCCUCGAUUCUUAUGCGUAAUCUGGAUCUAACUGUGUCAGACCGGGGAAGUUUCGAGCAGCGCGGUUUCCUGACAGACGGCUACGAUGGGAGGUGAUCGGUAACAGCCCUCGGCGUCGGAUUACACAGUCAGGCUGCUGCCAGGUAAAGCAGCAGGAUGGGAAACCAGAUGGACAGGCUGUCACAUCUAAGUUACGCAGAAGUUCCCACGGUGGACCCGAAUGGCGUGGACACGGACGACGGUCCGCGGAUCGGAGUGUCUUACAUCUUCUCAAGCGACGACGACGAGCUGGAGGACGGAUGCGCGGUGGACGGCGGACAAAAACGCGCAAACGAGGAAGAGAAAAACUACGAUCCGCGCGACGAGGUGGAGUGCGCUGUCUACAACAGAGAGGAGUGCAUCUACGAGAAGAGCGCCAAGUGCGCAAACCUGGAGGUCUACUCCCCGGAGAACCUACUCAACAAGUGCAAGGCGGGGGACCUGGUGGAGUUCGUGGCCACGGGUCAGUACCCGCACUGGGCCGUGUACGUCGGGGACUUCCAGGUGGUGCACCUGCACAGAGCCGAGGUGAAAAACAGCUUUCUGACCGACGCCGGCCAAGGGAGGAGGUGCCGGAUCGUGAACGACUGGUACAAACUGAAACCCCUGUGCGCAGAAGUGGUGGUGCAGAACGCGAUGGAGCAGGUGGGGCUGAAGGACCGGGAGUUGAGCUGGAGGAACUCGGAGAGCUUCGCCGGCUGGUGCAGGUUCGGCAAGCGAGAGUUCAAGAUGGGCGGGGAGAUCCGGAUCGGCAAGCAGCCCUACAGUCUGAAGGUGUUCGUGUCGGACAAACAAUCCCACGUGUUGGAGUUUCAGAGCUUGGAGGACGUGAUCAUGGAGAAGCGGAGGAACGACCACCUGGGCAGGACAGCCGUGCUGCGGGAGCUGGCGGCGCAUUUCAGAGGCGUGGAGGAGAUGAAAAGUGAGAUGGGAGCGGAAUGAUGUCAGUUCCCCAACAUAUCUGUUACACCGAUCUCCUGAAUCCGUAGCAAUCCUCAUUAAUGUUUCAGGUCUUUGCAAAAACAAAAACAACAUUUCACACCCCUGAAGUUUUACACACUGUGUCACAUUGCAGCCAAAAACUUCUGUUGUAUAGGCCAGCUCAAAGGAGCACGUAAUUGUGAAGUAGAAGGAAAAUCAUACAUAAUUUUAAACCAAAAGUGUGAGAAAUUAAAGGCUUAUUCAUUUAGCCUCGCAAGGUCCCUGAUAUAGAAUUAAAAAAUUAGUCCAGAAAUUAACCUUUUGACUUGGAUGCAAAAGGGUUCAUCUCACCUCACCACUGUCAAACAUGGUAGUGGCAGCUUCAUGCUGUGGGCCUGUUUAGAUCUAGCAGGGAGAAGGAUUUGGUCAUGGUUAAUGAGGAGCUGACAUUGCAGGACAUUCAAAGCACAGAGAUGUUUUAGAAUGGCCCAGUCAAAGUCAAGAGCUAAAGCUAAGAACAGUUAGCAGAGACGUAACCAAGAUUUUGCAGCAAAGCAUUUAUGCAAAGGGUUGAAUCACUUUCUGAAAAAAAAAAGGAAUACUAUCCUUCACUUUCCACUUCACAGUUAUGGACAUCUUUGUGUUGGUCUAUUUUAAAAUAAUAACCAAGCAAAUUGAAGUCAGUGGUUGUAAAGUCUCUACAUUUGAAAACAUUUAAGGGGUAUACAUUUGUUUGCAAGGCCCUGUAGGAAUAACUUCAGCAUUUAAUUGAUACGUGGACAUAGUUUUGGUCCGUGUUUUUGAAAGUUUAUAAUUUAAAUGCCUUAAAGUCUCAAUCAUAAUUUCACAACUCAAACAAAAAUGACUGAAUCAGCUGUUUAUUUUUGCUACAAAAUGCUCUCCACUCAUAGAAUGUAGUUUUAUAAAUUCAUCCCAAAGUGUCUGGAAGCAGGAUGAACACAUUCCUUCUAUUUAUAGAUCGUCUCAUUACUUGAUCCAGUUGAGAUUUAAUUUCAUGUCUCAGCUCUCUCAGGCUGCUGUGGAUUUUGUUUUUCAGCUUUUUUGGGUGGGUCGAACCCAGUGGCACACGUGGAGGAAGUGUUGUGGAUCAUUGUCUGUUAGACUGAUCAAACUCUGUGUUAACUGUUCCCAAAGUUUGAGUAAAUCAUGAGUCACUGUC